GACACUCGCAAAACGAUUGUUUGGGAGAUGGUAGAAGGAGAGGGAGAGGCAGUGGUGGCGUGCAGUGACAAGAGCAUGAAAAUAGGAGCGUCGAUGUGGGACUUGGAAACCGGAGAAAAACUGCUUCACAUUCCUACAUGUGCAUCGCCACCUUUCGGCUUCUUGUGUUUGAGAAAUCGCUUCCUCGUGGCGUCGCAACUCAACAGACACGGCUCCGUCGGCGAUGGAGCCAUUGCUGUUUGGUCCUUCCACAAGCCUCAACAACCACUCCUGAAUUACACGGUGGAGGCUAUUGGGACACUUUGUUGUACAAAUGAUGGCAUAUAUCUUGUUGGAGGAGCUUUAUCUGGAAAUGUUUAUAUAUGGGAUGUGACUAGUGGAAAACUGUUGAAGACUUGGAGGGCUCAUAAUAAAUCUUUAAACUGCAUGUUAUUUUCAUUUGACAAUUCUCUUCUCAUAUCUAGCACAGAUGAUGGAAUGAUUUUUGUUUGGUCCAUGAUUAGUUUGUUAGAUGUAGAAGAAACAAGAAGUUCGCCACCUCCAUUACAUUAUUUGUCAGGACAUAUAUCCUUCAUAACAGGUCUUUUAACUACACCAAAUAGUAACUACUCAAUCUUAAUAUCAAGUUCCCUUGAUGGCACGUGCAAGGUUUGGGAUUUUAUCUCAGGAAAGCAUAUGCAAACUCAAGCUUAUCCUUUGGCCAUAACUUCCAUUGCCCUUCACCAAACAGAAAGUCUUUUGUUUUGCGGAACAGAACAAGGAUCAAUAUUUGUCGAUAAGCUUGAUGUUGGUCGGGGAGAAGGUCCUUUUGUUGUCAUUAAAGGGCAACCACUUGAAUUGAACGGACACAGUGGAGCCAUUACUGCCUUAACCUCAUCUCGAUCAUCCCUAAUAUCUGCCUCUGAAGAUUGUUCGAUUUGUGUUUGGGACAUCUUUAGUUGGGAAGUCACUCGAAGGUUUAGUCUCCAAAAAGAAAGUAAAUGUACCAACAAUCACAACCUUGCAAAUGAGAGUGGAAGCAAGUGCAAAGAAUCAUAUAUGGGCAACAAGCAUGACAAAACAUGUCAUGGUGAUAAAUAAUCAAUUGAAGUCACAACUAUUAGACAUGAUGCAACAUAGAUUGUUUCUUUCGAACAACACCAACUUGCAAAAAACUAGUAGAAAGAAACCCAAUAUUUAGAGUUUGGUGAAGAAGAUGGAAAUCAAAUACAUUGCUCAAAUUAUGCUUAGUCAAUUGUACUUUUUUUUGUUGCAAAUGAACUCAAGGUUUUAUCUCCAAAAUUGAAUAAGUGGAUGUUU